UCUAAAGGCUUCUAACACACUGCAGUCUGGUUUAGCUGGGAUGUUUUUUACCGAGCGUCGAUGCAGAACUGGGAAAACAGAACAGACAUUAAUGAGCGCUGAACAACUUGAGUGAUGUCUGGGAUAAACGUGGAUUCUAUCUCUGAGGAUUGUUCACCUCUCCCGCAACAGGUGAACAUAACUAGAGAAUCUGAAUUUAACCCGUCUUCUGAAGACGACGAUGAAUUACUAAAAUACAUCUGGAGGGAAUAUUUGCAUCCCAAACAGUACGAGUGGGUUCUAAUCGCCGGCUAUAUUCUCGUGUUCAUCGUUUCUCUAGUAGGGAACACACUAGUUUGUUUUGCUGUGUGGAAGAAUCACCGCAUGCGAACGGUUACAAACUACUUCAUAGUAAACCUCUCCUUUGCGGAUGUGCUUGUCACCAUCACCUGUCUCCCUGCAAGUCUUGUGGUUGAUAUUACAGAAACGUGGUUCUUUGGCCAGACUCUUUGCAAAGUACUCCCAUAUUUACAGACUGUAGCCGUUUCUGUGUCUGUACUGACUUUAAGCUGCAUUGCCCUGGACAGGUGGUACGCCAUUUGCCAUCCUCUGAUGUUCAAAAGCACAGCUAAACGAGCAAGGAAAAGCAUAGUAAUUAUCUGGAUGGUGUCCUGUGUUAUAAUGAUCCCCCAAACCGUAGUAAUGGAAUGUAGCAGCAUGGUUCCAGAGUUAACAAACAAAACCAGUUUAUUUACAGUCUGUGAUGAACACUGGGGAGAUGAAAUCUAUCCCAAGGUGUACCAUGUCUGCUUUUUCUUUGUUACGUAUUUGGCACCUUUAUGCUUAAUGGUGCUGGCUUAUAUUCAAAUAUUUCACAAGCUUUGGUGCCGUCAGAUUCCAGGAACAUCUUCAGUUGUUCAACGAAAAUGGAAGCCUUUACAGUGUUCAGGCCAACCUUCUGGGCCAGAGACUAUAAAAAUUAAAACAAACACGGUGGCAGCAGAAAUCAAACAGAUUAAGGCCCGAAGAAAGACAGCUCGGAUGUUAGUAGUUGUUCUGUUUGUGUUUGCACUGUGCUAUUUACCAAUCAGCAUCCUUAAUGUCCUGAAAAGAGUAUUUGGCACCUUUGACUAUACGAAUGACAGAGAAACUGUGUAUGCCUGGUUUACAUUUUCACACUGGUUGGUAUAUGCAAAUAGUGCUGCAAACCCCAUCAUAUAUAAUUUCCUUAGUGGAAAGUUCAGAGAAGAAUUUAAAGCAGCAUUCUCUUGCUGCUGUUUUGGAAUGAAUCAACAAAGAGAAGAGCACCAGAGAAGAGGUCAAGCAAGCACCGACAGUCGCAAAUCGCUCACUACACAAAUCAACAAUUUUGAUAACGUUUCCAGGAUAUCAGAAUCCGUCAUUUUAACAAAUAUAGCAACGUAUCGUACAAAUAAUGAUGGGGAGAGCAUAGACUGGUAGCAAAACAAGAUGUUUAAGAGUCUAGCAGAGAUUUUUUGAGUCUGCCAUUUUUUUUUAAAAUAUUGCUGCAGUUGAUGAAUGUAAAGAAUAUGCAAGUUUGUUUUUAUAUUGUAUUGAAAAUCAACCCUCUUUUUCAUUUUUUAAUUUAUUUUCUGUAUUCUCUGUGAAUUAUACAUCUUGAUACACCAAUAACAUAAUUCAAUAGCAUUCAGACAAACUAGUUAUGUUCAGAGUUUUAAUGCUUGUUCUGCUGAAAUGUUGUUUGUGUUUGUAAAAAAAAAAAAAAAAAAAAACCUCAAGUCUUUACUUUUAAUAAAAAAGAAUUAAGCCGUUUGAGAUGUACUGUAUAUUAACUUUAGAAUGCUACUGAAGAGGCUGUAGGGUUUACAGCGACAAAAAUUUCUUAUUGCUGCACCAAUAUCUGUUUUAACAUAUUUGCUACUGUUUUAAUAGUUUAUUUACAUGUCGUAAAUCGGUUUUGAACAGUUGUUUCAGUUAUACACAGGGGACUUGUCAUAUAAAUGGCAGCAGUCAUCAUAGGGACUGUGUAUUGUAGAGAGGGGACCUCCCAAUAUAAAUAUUGUCAUCAAAUGUGGAUUCAGGUUUUCACACAUUUAUCUACAGUAUAUAGACGGUGAAAUCUGCUGUGUGUUUCCACCCACACUUGAAAUAAAUCAACAAUUAUUAGUCAUUCCCAUAAUGCAAUAGUGACAAGACCAACAAAAUGUGUGCCUGCUUCAUUGCAGUGUUGCAGGUUUUAGGGCUGUAAAUCUUUUAACUGACGAGUUUUGUUUUGAUUCGCCCCAUUUAAUGCAUAUUCAUGAAUACAUAUUCAUGGCAAGAACCCAAUGUGAAGCGAUAACACAUGUUCAAAACUGAUUUAUGACUAAGGCUGUGAAAAUAAAAAUAUAAAAACUGUUGUGAUUAUUUCAGAUGAUUAUUCAGGAAUAUGUACAUAACUGUUAAUUAUGUGUUGUGCUGUAAACCAGACACCCCCCACC